AUGCACCGCCUCAGUGUCAAGCCCUUUAACCAAGCAGUGGCACCACUGCGCCACGAUACAUACCCUGCCCCCGCCAUCAGAAACGUCCUUCGCGCAUUCAACCUCAACGACGUCGUCUCGUUCUCUCAUCACAGCUCUCAGUUUCAGAGACUUCUGACAAGUCUGAACUCUGCCAUCAUGUCAUCAAAUCCCGAGAAGCCACCUAUUCAAUUUUCGGGCCAAGACCCUCAAAACCCACAGCAGUAUCAACAACAACAACAACAACAACAACAGCAGCCUUAUUUCCCACCCCCCCCUUCUGGUCCUCCGCCCGAGGAUCAACAACAGUACGCUCCUCAAAGUGCGACUGGUCAGCACCCACCUGGCCAUACCUUCGAUGGACAGGGAUACACGAGCGGAGACCAGAAACCUCCUAUCCUUCCCCAGACCGAACAGCAAUACUACCCUCCCCCUCCUCCCGGGCAGCCUCCCUCGCAACAGCAAUACCCAUCCAAUGCAGAUGUUGGACUUGGACCCAACGACAAUCUCCCGACAUCUUACAAGCCCUCCGACGAUUACGAGGGGCCCCCUCCGCUUCCUGGCCCGCGACCCACCCAACACCAACAGCAAGGCUACAACCCGGCCGGGUCUGGAAACCCCCUUCUUGCGGGCCAGGCGACGACUCAGACGACGCAGACGACGCAUGAACGCCCCCAUCGUACCUGGGGUGACCGCUUGUCGGAGAUGGGCCAUAAAGCCGCCGCUCCGAUCAAUGCCUUUGCUAACAAGCUAGGCGCCCAGAGCUUCCUGCCCACCACUAUGGAUAAGGAGUGUGAGAAGGCUGCCAACAUUCUCAGAAGCUUCUGCAAGGAGGGUAUCGCCUCUGAUGCGGCUGCUCAGGGUCCUCAAGGUACUCAAGGCCAGCAAGGUCACCAAGGUUACCAAGGCUCCCCAACUUCGGCCGCUCCCGAACCCACAUAUGGGGCCCGCCCCGUGUCACCCAACAAGCAGCCCAGAGCCCUCCACGGCCAGCGUGCCAUCGUCAAAAUACCCUCCAAAGUCAUCCAAAGGGCACAGGGCCUGGCCAUAUUCACCACCGCGCGUGUGAGUUACGGGUUCUCCGGCGCGACAGGCUCCGGUAUCCUCAUCGCUCGCCGCCCCGACGGCUCCUGGUCCCCGCCCUCCGGUAUACAGGUCCACACCCUCGGCGCCGGCUUCUCGAUUGGCGUCGACAUCUACGAUUGCGUCUGCGUCAUCAACAGCCGGGAAGCCCUCGAGGCCUUCAAGAGUACCCGCGUCAGUCUAGGCCCGGACGUUGCCGUGACUGCCGGCCCGUAUGGCGCCGGCGGCAAUGUCCAGAUCGGAUACGGAGGAGGAGGCCGCAAGUCGGGCGAACAUCGACGAGAAGAAGAGGACCUGGUAUACGAUCGUCCCCCGUCGCAGUAUGCCGACGGAAAGCCUUUCGGUGAGGACGACGACAAGCUCAAGCCGCCGCGGAAAGACAAGGACCGCCAUCGCCGCAGCAGCAGCGGUUCCUUCAAACCCGUCUUCACCUACGUCAAGUCCCGCGGCUUCUACGCCGGCGUGCAGGUCGACGGCACCGUCAUCACCGAGCGUCGCGACGCCAACGCGGCCUUCUACGGCCAGAGGGUCGGCGUCGAGCAGAUCCUGCGCGGCGAAGUGCCCCCCCAUGGCGCCAAGUGGCCGGCUGGGUCGCCGGCUCUGUACGAAGCGCUGCGCGUUGCCGAGAGUCAGAAACCCUUGCCCGAGGCGAACCUGCCGCCCCCGCCUCAUCCGACCCCUGCGGGUGUUGCCCCUCCUCCCCAGUCGGGUGCGGAUCCGAACGUUGCCGCUCCCGGUGGUCAGUAUGGUCAGCUGGGUAAUUAUCCGACCCAUCCGGUCGGGCAGGCUACCGGAGGUCAGUUCCAUGGGUCCCCACACAUGACCGGCGGUGGAGGUGUGGCGGGACCACCGUCUGGAGCGCAAGGGGAUGAGCUGCCGGGGUAUGUGGACGACGGCAUCCAGAGACCUGGUGUUGGGGAUCGGUACUUUGAGAUGCCCUGCGACGACGACUCCCCCCACGAGUUGCACCGGCAGAGCGUACCGAAGAGGAGAACCGAACGGGAAUAUCGGAAGCGACGAGAGGGUCCAGUCGCCAAACGGUCUAUUUGA